UCAUUGUACGAUGCGGAUUGUUUAUCGAUUUGUUUUGGUUAUUAGAAACUAACGUGAAAUCACCGUGAGAUUUGCGAUUGCCUGAUAAUUAUGAUUCUAUAACGUUAUGCUAUGUCAAAUUAAAUCAUCAAGGGGGUUCACGAUGGAUCAAAUAUACGCUUUGGAGGUUACUUUAAUUCAAUUUGUUCAAGACUGGUUCCGCGACUGGGCCGGGUACCUACAAUGGGUGAAUAACGUCUCGGACCCGCGCAUGUUACUGGAGUUCCUGUUUCCACUCAUCUCCAUUGUGGACUCGGUGUUCGCUGCUCAGAUGCUGCUGGUCCUCAGCUUCGGGGGCUGGUUCAACACUGUCAUGAAAUGGUGGUUACUAGAAGACCGUCCAUACUGGUGGGUGCAUGAGACCUCCUUCUACACCUCGCACCGACCGCGGAUCAGACAGACGCGACAGACUUGUGAAACGGGCCCCGGGUCGCCCUCCGGACACAGCACUGCCGGCGCCGCGACGUUGGUGUUGCUACUCAUGUUCACAUCUCACUUCAUGCGGGAUCGUAAAUGCUACGUGCGCUACUGGAAGUACGUGAUGUAUCCACUGUGUGGCGCCGCGAUGGCGUCUAUCGUGCUAGCCAGGGUGUAUGUUGGGGCUCAUUUCCCCCACCAAUGCCUGUUCGGCGCCUUGAUUGGCGCCUUCUUGGCACCAGCGCUGUGCCUCUACGUGUCGGACCCGUACAUCUGGCGGUACGGCCCGGAGCGGUGCGGGGUGGUGUGGCACGUGGCCGCCGCGGUUAUAGCGGCCGCUAUAGCAGGAGUUACAUACGGCGGGCUCAAGAUAUGUGGGAUAGAUCCGCAGUGGACUGUCAAAUUGGCUUUCCGUUGGUGUCAGGAACCUUCGGAGAUCCACGUGACCACGACACCUCUGUUCUCGCUGGUACAGGGCACCGCCGCCAUGUUGGGCUGGGCUCUUAGUGUCACCCCUGCAGUGGCUGAAUACCGUCAUUAUACGCCGCACCGCUCGCUGGUUAUAGCAUCGUUCACAACCGCUGUCAUUAUGUACGGUUUCCAACAAUUAUCAGCACAAGUCGACAAGAACAAUGUUUACAGGUUCUACACAAGUCACUUUGUACUGAACGUAGUGAAACCGGCGCUGCUGCUGCGGCUUACUCCGGCCCUCGCCAUGCUGCCUUAUACCAAGGAGAAAAUUGAUUAGACUAAUCUAUUGUAUUAAUUAUUUAUUGUGUUGACGCGUAUAAAACUUGGGGACAAGGCUCGGAACCGGUUUUUGUUUCAUACAAAAAAUACCGGUAUUAUUACGUUAUUUUUCGUUCAUACAAUCUAAUAAUAUGAAGUUUGUAAGGGUUUUAGUUUGUUAAGUUUUAUACAUACAUAAUAUGUAAAAAACUGAAUUAUUAAAAUAUAUUCCAUAUGAAGUUACCAUUAUUAAUAAUAUUGGGCUAUUUUGGAGUAAAAAAACCGGUUACGAGUCUUACUUGGGGAAAUCCGUGCAAUAUAGGUCAUCCAUAAAUACAGAGUGGGCAAAAAAUACGCUGACAAAUAUAUUUCUUGUAUUUUUUCUUACUUAGGCCAAGCGCGCACCACGAUUUUAAUUUUUACGACACGAUAUUAGAAUCGCGCUGUAAUAUAUCGCAGAAAAUUCACUGCGCGCACUGCGAUGAAAAAGUCGACGAUUUGUGAUCUCCUUCUAUUUCCAUAAUGAAAUGGGCAACAUCUUAGCGUCUCAUCUUGAGACUGCAUUGGAGAAGCAGGUUCCGACAUGUUGAGGCUUGGAGAGCGAAAUGCCGACUGAGGUCCGGGGUGCGAAUUUAUUAUCGCAGUGCGCGCGGGGCCAUACAACUCCGUAUGCUGCAAUUCACUUUGCGACAAUCGCGUCGCGAGCAGUCGCGGAAAAAUGUGACAAAUCACAAUUUUAAAAUCGCUGUGAUUAUUUUGUCGUAUAUGGGCGCACUGACAUAUAAACACAUACGUUGAAUUUCUGUGACAAAAUUAUCGCACGACUAAAAAUCGUAGUGCGCGCUUGGCCUUACACGUCUUUUUUCAAAAUGUCAGUGAAUAUUUAAAUUACAAUCAAUUAAAUGAAACGAAAACGUGUUAUUUUCAAAAUAUACUCAUUGGGCUUUGUUACACAAACGCUUGCUAAAAUUAUGAAAAAUAUGCAGAGUAAAAUAGUUAUUGACGAUACAAGUGCGGAAAAGAGGAAAUUCGAGAAAAACGAGUGGUGAUAAAUUAAAACACGAUCGAAGGAGUGUUUUAAAUCGACACGAGUUGCGAAUUAUAUAUUCACACGUGUAUCGUACAACGUUUUACAGUACAUAUCGUCGGGUGACAAGCAAAAGUCACUAGUAUCACCACAAGUUCAUAGCCAUAGUGAACCAUAUUAGUACUAAAAGAAGGUCGAUUUUUUGUUCAAUUUUUUUAGUAAUUUGUGACUUUUGGUUGUCACUUGACGAUAUGGCCCUUUAAACUUUUGACAUACGCAAGAAAGGUGCUAUUUUACGCACUAGUGCGGGAAAAUAGGACCAUAUGUACUGUAAAAAUCUUUUUCACCACACCAGCUCGGAAAGGCUUACUAUGCACUUCAAAAACUGAUAGCAAAGUUGCAUUUUAUUCACAUGUGAGGCAAAGUAAACAAAUGCAAAUUUUGAGUUAUUUUCUUUUAAGUUUGAGUUUGCUGGAUAAAAUGUUGUGUUUCACUCGGGGGCAAAUUUUGUUUAACCCCCGUGCUUUGAAACCCUCGCAACGCUCAAGAUUCAAUUUUGUAAUAUUUCGCUUGCUCGGGUAUCAUAUUAGCACGAGCGGUUAAACAACAACUUUGCCCCCGAGUGAAACAAAUAACUAUUUCAUCGUAUUUUUAGGCCACGCUGUACAGGAUGUAACAAAAAUAUUGGGGAUCCGUUUAAGGGCAUAUUCGGUAUCGUGUUCUGAUAAGGAAAAAAAUAGAUUUUUUUUUGUUGCGAAUGGGAUUCAAAAGCGCACAAGAUUUAAUAACUUUGAUCUCGUGUAGUACACAAACAUUUUCACCCUAAGCAGUGAGAACAUACCUAGAGGGACAGAGAUAAUAGAACCCAAGUAUAUCGAACUUGUAUUAGACCCCGUAUGUUGAAAUGACAUUUGACUAUAAAGGUCACUUGAAUGACAUGUUGUCUCACUCAGUGAGCAAAAUGCGAUUUUGUUCACUGAGUGAGACAAAAUGAUUCAGUGAGCAAAAUCGCAUUAUGCUCACUGUUUUUAAGAAGCAAAGUACCCUUGUUCGCGCUGCUGAGGUGAAAAAGGAUUUUUUUCCACAUUACUUGACCAGUGAGAUCCAAUACAGUGUUGUGAAUAUGUAAUUUAUUUAUUUUAUCCAAAGAUGAUGCUUUUGCACUUUUUAUUACUACUUAUACUUCGUUUUUUAGCAUUUAGAAAAAGAGUAUGCAGAAUUGACGUGUCAUUUUAUUCAACCGCUUUAAAAAAAUUGUAUACAUAUAGUCCGAAAAAAAAUUGUAGAAAAUUAUUGAUGGCGCCAUUUCCUACGUAACUGUCACAUUUUUGACGAAAAAUACUAGAGAUGCAACGGAUUGUUGUUUGGCCGGAUACCGGAUACCGGAUGUUCGGCCUGCCCAUCGGCCGAAUAUCCGGUAUCCGGCCACCGAAUAUUCGGCCGGCGGAGCUAUACCUACAUUUCGGUUUUUCAAGUGGGCAUUUUGCAUGUGUGCAGGUUUUGACCUGUUUCGUAGUGAACGUUCGCGCGGACUCUUUUCUAGGUUCGAAAUGAGUGCGCGUGCAAGUCAGUGGAAUGUUUUAAAAUAAUAACGAGUAAGAUUAUGACCGUGACUGUUUUUUAGGGUUCCGUACCAAAAGGCUAAAACGGGACCCUAUUACUAAGGCUUCGCUGUCCGUCCGUCCGUCCGUCCGUCCGUCUGUCACCAGGCUGUAUCUCACGAACCGUGAUAGCUAGACAGUUGAAAUUUUCACAGAUGAUGUAUUUCUGUUGCCGCUAUAACAACAAAUACUAAAAACAGAAUAAAAUAAAGAUUUAAUUUUUUUUUUAAUUAUGGUACGGAACCCUUCGUGCGCGAGUCCGACUCGCACUUGCCCGGUUUUUUAAAUCCAAUUUUGUUUACUCCGAAAUCAAGCAAUGUUACUAUCCGGUAUCCGGCCGGAUAGUAGGUCACUAUCCGGUAUCCAGCCGGAUAUUAAAAUAACGGCCGGAUAGGCCGGAUACCGGAUAGUAACCGGGUAUCCGGUGAAUCUCUAUAAAAUACCUUGGCAACAAUUUAGUAUGGAAUUUUUUUAGUUUCAUUUUAUUUAAUUUUUACUAUUUUAUGUCUCACUAUACCUAUGAACCCAAACGAUUGUAUAUUAUCUUAUAUAUGCUAUAUUAUAAUUGCUACAUAUGUAUUUGUUGAAACUUAUUUUUAAAGAGUAUUUAUUCAAUAAAAAGACACGUCUAGAUUGUUUAUGUUUACUCCUUUUCUAAUGCUAAUAGAAUGUAGGAAUACGAUGUAACACGAGGAAACAGAAUAAUUUUAACAGCGUAUUCCUGAUCAUAUUUAGAGACCAAAAUGUCCUAUAAACUUUUUUGAAAUUCGCCUAGUUUCAGAGAUAAUAUUAAUUAAAAAAAAACAAGUUUUUAUUGUUGCAUAGAGUAAAAGGCCUUUUUGAUGGUGAUGUUGCUGCUAUGGAACGUAGUCUAAAUAUCCUUAUUGAUAGAUGUCAAAAAGUGACAAGUAACACUUUGCAAAAAAUAGGUUUUACGAAAAAAAAAUAUAGUUAAAUCAAUUUUAAGUGACAAGUUUACCAAUAAUAUUUAUUUUUUAUGUACAAAUCCAUUCUAAAAAUUGAAAAAACAAUUAAAAAAAAAUUUUUUUUGGCGAAAUUGACCUAAACUCAUGUUACAUUUUUCCUUUUUUUGACCUCAGAAAUGCGUGGUUAAAAUUAUUCGGUUUCCUCAUGUUACACCGUGUAUAUGUAAAUGUCCUGUUUGGAUACCUAUAAGUAUAGGUACUUAUACAUUGUAGGGUUCUUAACUUUAAAAAAAAUGGAAUAAUUAUUUUUAUUUACCAUUAUACCUAUCUCGUCUAUAUGUAAAGGUAGAAUAUUUAUUUAACUAUGCCUACGCAAACGCUGUGAUAUAAUUAUUUAUUUAGCGAAUUUAUUUAUAUUUAAUGCACCUUAAUGAAUAAAGGAACGGAAGCAAUACAA